AUUAUGGAUGACAUAGAAGGUAUCCUACCAAAUAACCCUGCAAUUCCCAUAAAUCCAUGCAGGGAAGCAACUUUCGUGACAUCUGCUUCCUCCGAAUACGAGCGAGAGAGUCUGCGGGAAGUGCCAACUCAUCACCGUGCCACAGAAAAAAGACACUACGUCACUCCCCCACCAGGUUCCCCACUGGGUGUUGAUCAGGAACCCAGGUCAAUCUCACAGCUCAUUAAUCGACGGGAGGAAUCAAUCACAUCCGAUGAGGAUACAGAACUAGGGGGAUUCCGAACGCCAACUUCCGCCUCCUUAAAUAAUAGCAGGAACGGUGUUCCCACUCCAUCAGAAUCAGGAAAGUCGGGGGUCUCUCUGGGGAACGUGUUCGAAAAAGGACUGUCCCAGAACAAAAUCGUUCCAAACGAUUCGAAAUUUCCUUACAGACUUCAGUUGCCAAAUGUGAAAAUAAAAGAAGAGGAAGAGAGUGUUAGACGACAGAAGUGUUACUGUUAUAUAGUGACUGUAGUGUUGGCCGUGUUUAUAGUGGGUGGUGCGAUUCUGGCCAUGGUGCUGGCUGUUAAUCUAGCCACUUAGUACAAACUCAGCG